AUGGCUACGGCUACCAGAGAUAUUUACGCUCGUCAAGAGGCUGUAGCGAGUGGGAACCCAGUUUACGUUGUCACCGUCACCCAUGUCAAGCGUGUCACCGCCCGUCAAGAAGCUGGACCGACUGAUCUAGUCGAGGUCAUGACGAACACGGACACUAAAGAAGCUGGACCAAUUGACCCCGUCUACGUGGUCACGGUCACCGAUUCUAUCGCUACCACCGCCGAACCGACUGAUCCAGUCUACGUCGUCACAGUCACUGACACCCUCGCUACCACCGCCCAUCAAGAAGCUGAACCAACAAACCCAGUCUACGUCGUCACAGUCACCGACACCGACGCUGCCAACCCACUUCAAGAGGUUGAACCGACUGACCCAGUCUACGUCGUUACCGUCACCGCCACCAACGCCGUCAACGCACGCCGAGUUCCUGACAAAAUUUCUGCUUCCAUUGAGCCUCAGAUGACGGCAGCCGAUUACGGAUGCCCACCAGGUACUUGUGGAUCAGCUUGUCGUUCCGGUCAUUACUGCAACAAACUGUUUGGUCGUGUCGCUGCUGUGGAGGAUGGUGUUUCGAAGGAGCCGUUGGCUUCCGAGGAACCUGUGCCUACGAGGGGGGGCACGGGACUACAAGACACUUUACUCACCUUUAUCACUGGCAACGAAAACACGUGA